AUGAUCAUCCAACCAGACCAGUUUGAAGAGACGUAUCGGGCGCUGUGCAAGACCAGUAUUGCUCACAUGACGUGCAAGCUGGUGGUGUUUGUGUCGUGUCUCAAUGUGGACGCUCUGUGUGGAGCUCGAAUGUUUUCUGAUCUGCUGCGAGCCCAGUUGAUCCCCCACAAGACGGUGCCGGUGACGGGCUACGAGGAGAUGAUUCGCAAGUACCGGGCUCUGGACCCCGAGAUUCUCAACGUUUUCUUCAUUGGGUUCGGUGCCACUCAGGAUGUGGGGGAACUGUUGAGGGGGGACGACGAGGAGAUGGAGCUCAAAAAGAUUUACAUUGUGGACGGAAACCGGCCCUGGCACUUGGAUAACAUUUUGGAUUCCAAGAUUGUGUGCUUUGACGACGGAAGGGGCAAUUUGGAAGAGCGAGGGGAAUUGUUGGUGGCAUACAACUGGCUGAACGACAUGAGUGCCGAAGAGCUGGACGCUCUGAGUGAUCUGGAAGAUGAGGGUGACGAUGACGACGACGAUGACGACCAGCAAAUUCAUAAGAGAAAUGGUCACCACACCAAUACUGUCGACGACAAUGAUUCUGACUCCGAUGGUGGUGAUCUGGUGGACACUCUACUUCCUUCGAAACGGUCCAACUCGGAAGACCUGCCUGACGCCAAGAAACUGCAUUCCCAACUUCUGUCGGCGAAGAAACAAAAAGACGACUUUGAAGACAAGAUCAGAGCCUACUACCAGCAAGGCACCUCUCAGUCCUCCCCAGCCUCUUGCAUGCUCUACACUCUCAUGUCGCUUAUUGGUGAAACGUCAAUCACUCGCUUAUGGUUAGCUGUCGUGGGAACGUCUUCUCUGGACAGUCAGUACCCGCAAGUAUUCCAGGACUCGUUUCCCAUGCUUGCAGAUGAAGUAAAUCGAGUCGGCAACGAAGAAGCAGCCGCCCAGAUGGCCCAGAAUGCAAACUCCGAGGCCCCCGUGUCAGAAAAGGAGCUGGUCACGUCUCUCAAACUCGAAACCGACUACUCGCUGUUUGUGCUUCGACAUUGGAACAUUUACGACUCCAUGUUCCACACGGAUUACAUUUGGGCCAAGAUGAAACUGUGGACGGAAAAGGGCCGUCAGAACUUUCAGAAGAUGCUGGCCAUCAUGGGUGUUUCAUUGACAGAGGCUCGAGAGGGCUGGAUCCAUUUGAAGGUGAGCGUCAAGCAGGGUCUCAACAAACGAAUCGAAAAGGCGGCCAAGGUGGCCGAUCUGGAGGAUCUUCUGCGACCCGGAGUGGUGCGAAAGUUUGGAUACAAGGGCUCUCUGACAGCUGGAGAUUGUGUGGAUGCUGCUGGUGUUAUUUUGCAGCUAGGAAUGGACAAAUCACCCGCGGGAUUGGAUCAUAUUAAGGAGGGCAUUCUGCUCACAGUCGACCAAGACUAUCGUGACGAAUCGCAACGAGACCAGUUCUGGAUAGCCAACUUUUGGAGCGCCUGGGACUCGUUGGAAGAUGUGGAUACACUGUUGCUUGGAAUCAGCAAGGCCAAGCUGCUACAACAAGCUGUGGCUCGAACUACUACUGCAUUGAUUGAAAAGGGCCAGAUUCGGCCCGUGUCGGACUACUUGGUGGCUGUGGUGAAGGAGGGACCCGAUCUGGCCCUGUUCAGAAACCCCCUGGCAUUGUGUCGACUGGGUAUCUGGAUUGCCCAGACAAAGGCCGAGGCCCACAAAAAGAAGUAUUCUCCUCCACUGGUGCUGGCCUCUUUGGACAAGAGUACUGGAAACUACAUGGUGUUGGGCAUGAACCCUCGACAGGCCCGAGAUUACCAUUUUGUCAUGGAAGAGGACCUGGAGGAUGACCGAUUUGUAUUCAACCAGUUUACUCAGCGGUUUGCGAAGGCCGCAGAAGAUGUGCAUACGAGAUACAAGAUGGACAUGUUUGAAAUGGCGGUGAUUGAGGUGGAUAAGAACGACUUGACGCGGUUUUUGGAGCGGUUGACUGUGGUCUAA